AUGGAUACAGAAAGUAGUGAUUUUGAUUCACCAGACAUGAAUUCAAGUGUCGAACGUCAAUCAUCGCCAGAACGAAUAGUACAACCGCGUAAAUUAAAAUUUUCUGAUUCGCCUGAAACACAAAACUUUCCAAAGUCGCCUCACAAAACAUUUUCUCCUGAUAUCAACCGAAUCAAAGCAUUAAGGCAAGUAUAUGAGAAAAAAUCAAAGUCAUUGUGGAUAAUUAAUGAGUUUUGUAAUAAUUACAGACUGUUUGAUUCACCACGAACGCCAAAAACUCUUCUUGUUUCAACAAGAUUCAAGAAUCAGCAUAACACGAAUCAAGAUGAAAACUAUGACGUAUUAGCAAAUCCAAUACAUGAAAUUUCUGCGCCAUUGUUACUAAAUAAUAACAACAAUAACAAUAACAUCAACAAGCCAAAGCCUUUUCCGCUCUACAAUCGACUUCACGAUAAUUUGUGUGCUAAUGUGAAUCCGUUUACUCCUCCUGGAAUCUCACUUCGAAAGAAGAGAACACGUUUUGAUAUCGGUGGAGAUUACCUCAACUCUUCAAUGCCUUUGCUCAUGAACAACAAAGGCAUCUUGAAAUGGAAUCAGCCUUUAAAAGGAAGUCUCAUGACAACAACUUCAACAGUAUGUGAUUCAUUUGAGCUCUGCUAUGAUGAAGAGCUGAAUGAAUUUCGACAGGCGCCAAAGCGUCUGGCUUUACAGGAAUCUAACAUAACUCGAUAUGAAAAAGAGUUCGUAGAACUAAAACUUUUGGGUGAAGGAGAGUUUGGUUUAGUUUAUCAGUGCCUGAAUCGAUUAGAUGGAUGCAUCUAUGCCAUCAAGCGUAGUAUCAAACCUGUUGCUGGAAGUGCCUUUGAGAAAACAUCAUUAAACGAAGUUUAUGCACACGCAGUGCUUGGCAAACAUGAUAAUGUCGUCCGCUACUAUUCAGCAUGGGCUGAAAACAAUCACAUGCUGAUUCAAAACGAAUAUUGUAAUGGGGGAAGUCUCCAAACCCUGCUACAGAAACGUGUCUUAAAUGAAGCCGAGCUAAAAAUUCUCUUGUUACAUAUUGCUGAAGGCUUAAAAUACAUUCAUUCUCAUGGUCUCGUUCACAUGGACAUAAAAGCAGGAAACAUCUUCCUUACAAAACCAAUCGCACGUCAACAACAAAGUGAUGAUGGGUUCGAGGAGAAUUACGAUCAGUUGGACAAUUAUCAAGCUGUAACAUACAAGAUUGGCGACCUUGGUCAUGUUACUUCAGUCAGUGAACCACGAGUUGAAGAAGGCGAUUGCCGGUACCUGCCAAAAGAAAUUCUCGAUGAAGACUUUUCGAAUCUACCAAAAGCUGAUAUAUUUGCUCUUGGAAUAACAAUUUAUGAGGCCGGAGGUGGUGGCCCGUUGCCAAAGAAUGGUCCCGAAUGGCAUCGCUUAAGAGACGGUGAAGUUCCCGAUUUGCCUGGCAUAAGUCGCGAAUUCAACGACCUCAUUAAAAUUAUGACGCAUCCCAAUCCACAAGAACGGCCGUCGUCAACAUCAAUCUUCAAUCAUUCCGUCUUAUGUCCCGCUGUGAACAAAUCAAAAGCCCAACUGUUGCAUGAAUUAAAUAUAGAGCGUCAGAAGAAUGACAUGCUAGUGAAGAAGUUACGUGAAACGAAUAAAAUUGUUAAAUCUUACGAAUUAUCACAAACACCUGUAAACAACAAUAAGAAACCGCGUAUUAGUCAACGCAAUGAGCCUGUUCUCUCCGAUCGUAGGCUACGCUCUUGUUCGAAAUUACGACGAGCACAACGACGCUUAAAGUGAGCCGAUGACAUAAAAUUUACGAAAACAUAAAAUUUAAAGAGCACUCUCGAUGAUGCAGGAAAUGAUACGAUUUAUACGAUUUAAAAUUUCUUUUUUCUUUCUUCACUUAUCGUCAUGAUUAUUAUUUUUAUUUUUAUUUCUAUUUCUAAUAUCAUUUUCACAAAAUAUUAUUUUUUAACACUUCCACAUAAGCUUAUGAGAUAUCCUUUGAAGCAAGUCGAAUAUAAUUUUUAUUAAAAAUA